AGCACAACCGGCAGGCAUAGGAAGGAAUAGUAUAUAUAAUUAGAGAGACAUGCUGCUUUGGAAUAUAUUACCCAAGAGAUUACAGCUGAAGGGAAGCGAUGCCAAAUCCAAACACAAAAAGAGGUAGAUUGAUCGAGAGGAAUAUCUUCUAAGGGCUGGAGUUCCUUUGUUUCCAGUUUUAUCUUCUUACUUAUCUAUAUAUAUAAAUACAUAUUCAACUCCCUAUGGCUACCUUACUAUCAACCGCAUUCCGUUCUGUCAUAUCUUCAAUCGCUUACUGUUUCUUUGGCUAUCAAGACAACAUCAAAAGCGUCAACAUGACUAAGGGUCGACCACUUUCUUUGCAGACUGUGGAGCUCAAAGUUAGGAUGUGCUGCACCGGAUGCGAGAGAGUUGUCAAAAACGCCGUUUACAAGCUUAAAGGGGUUGAUUCUGUUGAGGUGGACCUAGAGUUAGAAAAGGUGACGGUGGUGGGAUACGUUGACCGGAACAAGGUGUUGAAGGCUGUAAGGAGGGCUGGAAAAAGGGCUGAGUUUUGGCCAUAUCCAGAUGUACCUUUGUAUUUCACUUCUUCUAAUAAUUACUGGAAAGACACAACUCAUGAAUUUAAGGAGAGUUACAAUUACUAUAGACAUGGUUACAACGUUGGUGACAGACAUGGGACACUUCCAGCCACCCAUCGGGGAGACGACAAGGUCAGCAACAUGUUCAACGAUGAUAAUGUUAAUGCUUGUUGUCUCAUGUAAUAACUCUUCUUCAAUUACACAUCUACUACUUCUAUGUCAACUACUGUUGUACUUGUAACAUAAUAUCUACUGUAUUAAAUUAUACUUAUAUAUAUAUGUAUGUAAUUAUCUAAUAAACAGUACUUAAUCAU